CCAUGACACCAGACAGUCAUGUUUUAAGUCGGACCAAAUACUAUUUUAUAACCAGCCAAAAUAAAGCAUUUAAAAACGUCCAUGAAGUACUAAAACCAUGUCAUUAGUUGAAAACAACAGUGAAGAAUCUCUAGAGGGUGAUUCAAGUGAAUAUGGAGACGAUGAUGACGAAUACGAAGACGACUACUACACCAAUAAUUAUGGAGAAGACGAAGCAAUGGACUCUUGCCAAGAUGAGGAUCCUGAAUUUUUUAGUUAUUCUUUGCUAAAUGAGGACGAAACUACAGAAUUAUUUAGUUCAAUGAUAGCUCAAGCUAGUAAAGAAUUACAGGUAUCAAGAUCCAUUGYCCGAUUUCUUUUAGUUUCAUAUAAAUGGGACCUUAAAAAGCUAGUUGAAAGGCACAGAAUUGAUCCAGUGGGAUUGUUAGUGGAUGCACAGCUCAUGCCUAAAAAACCUCCCAAACUAGGGAGUACCAGACUGUCUGUCUGUCCAGUGUGUUUUCAGCGCUGCUCCAAGUCAAGUAUAACAAGUCUGGAAUGUGGACAUGGUUUUUGUGAUGUGUGCUGGAAUGCAUAUCUAUCAAAUCAGAUUCAAAAUGGAAUAUCAACAGGCAUGGAAUGUAUGAAUUGUGAUUUAAUCAUCAGCGAAGAAAUAGUCUUAAAGCUUCUAAAGAAUGCCAGUUCAAAAGAAAAAUACAAAGAGUUUCUAUUUAAUGACCAGGUUAAGAGUCAUCCUCAGCUGCGGUGGUGCCCAGGACCCAACUGUGGUCACAUCGUUAGGGCAGAGGAAGAGGAACCAGGCCCAAAACGAGUCAUAUGUAACUUUUGUGGCUCAAUAUUCUGUUUUAAUUGUGGAGAAAACUAUCACAUACCAACAGACUGUGUUACUAUCAGAAAGUGGUUAACAAAAUGUGAAGAUGAUUCAGAAACYGCAAACUACAUCACAGCUAACACCAAAGAUUGUCCCAAGUGUGGUAGCUGUAUUGAGAAAAAUGGAGGAUGCAAUCACAUGCAAUGCAUCAAGUGUAAAUAUGACUUCUGCUGGAUGUGUAUGGGUGAUUGGAAAGUCCAUGGAUCAGAGUAUUACGAGUGUAGUCGAUAUAAAUCCAACCCUAACAUUGCCAAUGAAUCAGCCGGGAUACAGGCAAGAGAGGCGCUCAAGAAAUAUCUGUUUUACUUUGAGAGAUGGCAGAAUCACACAGACAGCUUGAAACGAGAAGCAGAAACAMGGCGCAAAAUAAACCAGAAAAUUGAAGAGAAAGUGAAUAAUAAYAUUGGAACAUGGAUUGACUGGCAGUAUCUACURAACGCUGCAGCUCUGCUGGCYAAGGUACCUUAUCAUUUGUACAUGUACCCGAUAGAUGAGGUACCAUAA